GGGAGGAGGAGCAGCUCUCGUCGCUCUCUCCCUCACCCACACGGCGCCUCGACUCUCGAGCCAGAACCACCCUCGGCCAUCCAUCCACCUCGACCUUCCGUCGCACUCUCUCUCUCGCUCCACACCUCGCCCCACGAGCGACAGCCCGUACCCGCCCACCAUGUCUGAAGCCGCCCCGUCCAAGAAGGCGACCGCGCCCGUCCUGUUCGGGUUCCCCUCGACCGACGACCUGUCCAAGUCGCUCGCCUCGUUCGUGCUCGCCGCACAGGACGACGCCCUCACGACCAAGAAGCAGGCCACGUUCAAGAUUGCCAUCUCGGGCGGCAGCCUCCCAAAGGUCCUCGGCAAGGACUUGAUCGGCAGGGAGGACGUCCCCUGGGACAAGUGGGAGGUCUUCUUCGCCGACGAGCGCGUCGUGCCCCUUGACCACGACGACUCGAACUUCCGCCUCAACGACGAGCACCUCUUCUCGCACGUCCCGAUCCCGCGCCAGAACAUCCACGUCAUCGACACGUCCAAGCUCGACGACCCGGAACACGUCGCCGACGAGUACGAGAAGCAGCUCGUCGCCGCCUUUGUCGGCUCGAGCUCCAUCGCCUUCCCGCGCUUCGACCUCGUCCUCCUCGGCAUCGGCCCCGACGGCCACACGUGCUCGCUCUUCCCCGGGCACCCGCUCCUCAACGAGCAAGACGGCUGGGUCGCCUGGCUCGACGACUCGCCCAAGCCCCCGGCGACGCGCAUCACGCUCACGUACCCGGUCCUGAACCACGCUCACCGCGUCGCGUUCGUGUCGACCGGUGAGGGCAAGCAGGACGUCAUGGAGAAGGUGCUCGACCACCCGGAGGAGGGACUCCCGAGCUCGAGGGUCAAGGUCAUCUCGCCUGGGCGCGUUUACUUCUUCUCGGACGAUGCGGCUCUCGGCAAGGUCAAGUACGAGCGCACCUCGUUCGACGCCGCCAAGCUCUGAUUCAGCCCGGUCCUCCUACUCUCUCUCCCAAGUCUCUUGCGCCGCUUGUCCAAAACUCGAAAGUAGUGAUUGUGUCCCCCC